AAGUUUAUAAAAAAAACAUCAUAAUCAUGUCGGCGGUUCGUUUAUUGAAAAUUUUUCCAAAUAGUCAUCAUUGGUCAUGUGGAAUUUUUUCAUUAAUGAUUAUCAUCAUCAUUAUUGUGGCCAAUUAUCCAACCGAAUCAUCAUUGCCAUUAUUUGUCGAUAAUGAUAACAAUAAUGGUGAUUUAAUGAUCAAUGUUACAGCAAUGGAUAUUGAUGAUGUUAAUCGUGAUAUUUUUCAGUUAAUUAAAUCACGUGGAUUCGAAUUUGAACAACAUUUUGUCACCACUUCGGAUGGCUAUAUUCUUCAAUUGGUUCGAAUUAUAAAUCCGAAAAUUAUUGAUGAUCGACAAGAUAAACUUGGAAAACCAAUCAUAUUGUUUCAUGGAUUUCAAUUGACAGGAUCAUCUUUUUUAGUGACAUCGGCUGGACGAUUAAUGAAUGAUGGUCAUUAUUAUGAAUUCGAUGAAAAUGGUCAUCUGCAACAGCCAAACGAUACGGAUGUUGGUAAUACAUUGGGUUUUGUAUUGGCUGAUCGUGGUUAUGAUGUUUGGUUAGCUAAUUAUAGGGGUAGUAUCUAUUCGAAUAAUCAUAUUAAAUUUAAUCCAAAAAGUCGACAAUAUUGGUCAUUUUCAAUGGAUGAAAUGAUAGCAAUAGAUUUACCAGCAAUUAUUGAUUAUGUUAUUGACAAAACAAAUCAUCAAUCAAUUGGUUAUAUUGGACAUUCAUUAGGAAAUUUUAUAAUGUUGGCAUUAUUAUCAACCCGACCGGAAUAUUCACAGAAAAUUCGUCCAUACAUUGCCUUGUCACCAGUAUUCUAUACUGAACAAUUAAAAACACCAUUAAAAGUAUUGGUACCAUUGAAAGAAAUUCUUAGAUCCUAUCAAACAAUGUUGGGUUACGAAUCUCAUAAAAUUAUUACGGAAAUCUGUAUGAAUCCAAAUACGAUAAAUAUUUGUCGUAAUCUUUAUCUUUAUCUUAUUGGUGGUCAUCCUCGUAAUUUUAAUGAGAAUCGAAUGAAUGUUUAUAUUGCCAAUAUUCCAUUAGGAUCAUCGACAUGGGUUAUUGCACAUUUUCUUCAAAUGAUUGAACAUGGUAAUCCUUCAUAUUUUGAUUAUGGUCCAUUAAAUAAUCUUCGAAAAUAUGGUCGUUUAACGCCGCCAUUAUAUGAUGCUAGUCGAAUAAAUUCAACCGAUAUGGCACUUUUCUAUCUAUCAAAUGAUUAUUUCAACACCAUGAUUAAUAUUGAUUUAUUGAAAAGCAAACUUAAAGUGAAAUUGAUGGAUGAUUAUCUGAUAACGGAUCCAUCGAUAGGACAUUUGAAUCUAAUAUGGGAUAAACAUUGCGGUCGUUUGUUUCAGAUAAUUCAAUCACGUGGAUUCGAAUUUGAACAACAUUUUGUCACAACAUCGGAUGGUUAUAUUCUUCAAUUGAUUCGUAUUAUAAAUCCGAAAAUUCUUAUUGAUCAACAACAACCGAAUAAACCGGGAAAACCAAUAAUUUUGUUUCAUGGAUUUCAAUGUACAGGAUCAUUUUGGAUAAUUACCGCAUCGGGACGAUUAAUGAAUGAUGGUUAUUAUUAUGAAUUUGAUGAAAAUGGCUAUCGACAACCACAACAACCGCAACAAACAAAUGAUACAGCCGUUGGCAAUACAUUAGGUUUUGUAUUGGCCAAUCAUGGUUAUGAUGUUUGGUUAGCUAAUUACAGGGGUAGUAUCUAUUCGAAUAAUCAUAUUAAAUUCAAUCCAAAAAGUCGACAAUAUUGGUCAUUUUCAAUCGAUGAAAUGGCAUUAAUCGAUUUACCAGCAAUUAUUGAUUAUGUUAUCGACAAAACUAAUCAUCAAUCGAUUGGUUAUAUUGGACAUUCACAAGGAAAUUUUAUAAUGUUGGCAUUAUUAUCAACCCGACCGGAAUAUUCACAGAAAAUUCGUCCAUACAUUGCCUUGUCACCAGUAUUCUAUACUGAACAAUUAAAAACACCAUUAAGAUUUUAUGGAUCAUUAAAAGAAGUUCUUAGAACACAUCCAACACAAGUACCGUUCGGUAUGGAAAUUCGUAAAACUUAUACGGAACUAUGUAUGAAUCCAAAUACGGCACAAUUUUGUCAUAAUGUUUAUCAUUAUUUUCUUGGUGGUAAUCCUCAAAAUCUUAAUAUGCAUCGAAUGAAUGUAUAUCUUGCCAAUGUUCCAUUGGGAUCAUCAUCAUGGAAUGUUGUACAUUUUUUUCAAAUGUUUCAACAUGGUAAUCCUUCACGUUUUGAUUAUGGUCCAUUGAAUAAUCUUCGAAAAUAUGGUCGUUUAACACCGCCUUUAUAUGAUGCUAGCCGAAUUAAUUUAACCGAUAUGGCAUUUUUCUAUAUAUCGAAUGAUUAUUUCAACACUAUGAUCAAUAUUGAUCGAUUGAAAAGUAAACUUAAAGUGAAACUGAUCGAUGAUUAUCUAAUAUCGGAUCCAUCAUGGGGACAUAUGGAUCUAGUUUGGAGUAAACAUUCCGGACGUUUAGUUAAUAAACGAAUUCUUGAUAUUCUUGCUCGCUAUCCAUAGCGACAUUUAUUUAUUCUUAUUUUGGUGAUAUUUUUUUGAUCUGUGAUUUCAAUAACGGUUUUUAAUAAAUUAAAUAAAUUAAAUUU